AUGGACGGGGGCGAGGAGGCAGCAGCGGAGGCAGCAGCGGGUCGUGCUGAGCCCUCCAGCAAGCACGGCAUCCACCCACCCCUCCAUCCCCUCCCUGACUCUCAGUGCCGGCUGCUGUUGAGGGCCAUCGUGCUGCCUGCCGAGCGCUUCUCAAUGGACAUGGGGCGAGGAGCCAGCAGCGGAGGCAGCAGCGGAGGCAGCAGCAGAGGCACCAGCGGAGGCACCAGCGGUCGUCUUGGGCUCUCAGACGAAAGUAAAGAUGAGUAUCGUAGCACACCUGCCCUGCCUCUCUCCUCCCAACCCUCGUACUUGUGUUGCCUCUCAUGUCUCGCUUGCAUCAUGCAGCAAACUCUCUCCUUUACUGCCGUCUGUCAAACUCAGAGACCUCCCUCCCUCCAAGGUAGCAAGGUAGCAGGUACGUGCUCAG